UGUCAUGUGAUUUGAAAUAGCCCGCUGCAAAAUCCUCAUUGUCCUGUUCAGUAGGGUAGACCAUGUAAGCAACGCGUAUAGUGAAUUGAACUAUUGAUAGAGGAAACUGGUCAGCCGUAAGCCAUUGUGAUGAUGAAGUUUGUAGUUUUAGUGCUAUUGCUCCAGAUUUAUAUUGUAAGCUCUGUCAGGUACCAGCCAAACUGGGAUUCUCUGGACACGAGACCACUACCCGAGUGGUACGAUAAGUCCAAAAUUGGAAUUUUCCUACACUGGGGAGUGUUUUCGGUUCCUGCCGUUCAGAGUGCUUGGUUUUGGUAUCAAUGGAAAACUCAAAAAAUCAAAAAUGUUGUGAAAUUUAUGGAAGAUAAUUACCCUCCAGAUUUCACUUAUGCAGAUUUUGCCUCACAGUUCCAUGCUACAUUCUACAAUCCUGACCAGUGGGCAGAUCUCUUCGAGGCAUCUGGGGCGAAAUACGUAGUAUUGGUAACCAAGCACCACGAGGGCUUCACUCUCUGGCCCUCUACCGUCUCAUGGAACUGGAACGCCUAUGAUGUUGGACCACACAGAGACCUUGUCGGUGCCCUUGCUGAUUCUAUAAGAAACAGGACAGACAUCCAUUUUGGAGUGUACCAUUCUCUGUUUGAGUUCUACAACCCAAUCUAUCUCCAGGAUGUGGCCAACAAUUACACCACACAGGACUAUGUCAGGAACAAGGCUCUACCAGAGCUGUAUGAGCUGAUAAACCGAUACAAGCCUGAUGUACUGUGGUCAGAUGGAAGCUGGAAUGAAAACAGUACCUACUGGAAUUCUACCGAGUUUCUGGCCUGGCUGUUCAAUGACAGCCCGGUGAAGGACACAGUGGUCACUAAUGACCGUUGGGGGAAGGACGCUAUCUGUAAACAUGGAAGCUUCUGGAACUGUCAGGACAAGUUUAAACCAGGCAAAAUUAUUAAGCACAAGUGGGAGAGCUGUAUGACGAUAGACAAGAGGGCUUGGACUCAUCGGCGCCAGAUACAGAUUGAGGACGUUCUUACAAUAGAGGAACUGCUGGCGGAGAUUGCAGAAACUGUCAGUUAUGGAGGUAACAUCUUGAUCAAUGUGGGACCUACAGCUGACGGAGUUAUCAUCCCUGUUUUUGAGGAAAGACUUCGACAAAUGGGACAGUGGCUCAAGGUCAAUGGAGAGGCUAUCUAUGAAACAAGGCCCUGGUUCGAAGCAAAAGAUAAUAUAACGUUUCCUGGAGUUUGGUACACCACAAAGAAGCAAGGAAAUAGUACAGCAGUGUACGGUAUUGUCACAUUCUGGCCCCAAGACAACAAGAUUCUCCUUGGUGUCCCAGUUACCACGGCAACUACCAGGGUCACAAUGCUUGGUGUUAAGGAGCCAUUGAAAUGGUCUGUGUUCAAGAAUGUGGCCAUGCAAAUUGAGUUCCCUGUUCUUUCAUAUAACCAGAUGCCAUGCAAGUGGGCAUGGGUUAUCAAAAUGGAGAAUCUUAAAAAUCAAUAAGAAUGGAUGUAUAUUUUAAGUGUGGGCUUUUUCAAAAAUUUGGCAAACAACUUUGUCUCUUUCUCAGUUUAUAUGCAUUUUUUUAACUGGAUGCUGUGAAUGUGAUUGUUAUACUUUUGUGUGUAAAUCCUUGUUUUUGUAUUCAGAGAUCCAUGUAUAUUUUUUAUACUCCUACAUUAAGGUUUUUCUGUAGAACAUACUAUAGUUCUUGAGUCAUUAUUGUAUUCCUAGGAUCUUACAUCUGGGUUUUGUUUAAAUCAUUUCCUUACAAGCACAUUAUAUAGAUUAUAUAGAUUUUUUUCUAUGCACAUUGUUUAUUUUUUGAUUGUUAAUGAGAUUACUACAUUUAUUUAACAUUCAGGGUCGUGAUGAUAUGUUUUAUGAUAUAAACAAAGAAAAUAUUUCUAUAGAUUAUAUAGAUUUUUGCCCAUUGUUUAUUUUUUGUUUGUGAAUGAGAUUACUAAAUGACAUUGUUUAUAACAUACAGGGUCAUGAUGAUGUGUUUGAUGUCUUCAACAAAGAAAAUCUUUCUAGUACGCCUGUACGAACCAGUGCCCCUAGAGCACAACAGCACUGAGAUUACUGUAGAAUCUUUAUUUUGCGAGAGUACAUUAUUCCGCAAUCCCAUCGUAUUGUAUCAAAUUGCGGGAACAUAAAAUUGCAAAUGCAGAACUUUUAUCCUAAUUUCUUGAAGUUUUCAACUCUCAUAAAAAAAUAGGGAGAUUUUAAAUUCCAAAAGGGGUACUUCCGUGAUUUCAUGCGGAUAUUAAUUUCUCACGUUUAAUUAGGAAUCUUCAGUAUUAAUAAGGUAGCUUGGUGGUCAACAAAUUACCUCUCAUUUUAAUGAUAUUAUUUAACCAUACACUGUAGAUUUUAAUUAAGUAAAGACAAAAAUCAAAUAUUUUUUUAUUAAAAAUGUGAAAGUUUUUCUACUUUAUUUUUAUACAGAUUGAUUGAGCUUUUCAUCUAAUGGAGAUAAAUUCCAGUAUGGUCUUUUAAUAAUGGCCACGACCAUCCAAUCCUGUUAAAGUAUACUGUCACAAUAAAUGAUAAUAAUCAUCACAAAA